AACCCGAUCGAACCGGAGACCAAAUUAAACCAACCGAAGCAAAUCGAAAAUUUUGGUUUCCACGGUUCGUAAAAAAAAGAAAAAAGAAAAUGGUUCUCCUCUUUCAUUUGCCCUAGCCGACGUUCCCCUUUCUCUUUCUUCAAUUCUCCCGGCCGCUUCCUCCACCGUCGCGCCGCCGCCGUAGCCGCCCGCCGCGCCAUCUUCUUCUUUCUGUCGACAAGCCCGAACCGACGGUGUCAUCUUUCAGAUUUCACAAGCCAGUGCCAUUGAUUCUACUAAAAUGGUUUCGAAGUCUGUAGCUUCCGCUUCUUCUGUUGUCGCCGUUUCUUCCUCAGCUCCGGCGAAAGGUAAGCUCUCGUCUCUGUUUACUCAGUCACCGAGAAUUAGAUCUUCGAAUCCCCAAGUUUCGCCUGGAAGUUCUAGUAAACGGCCGCCUCUCCUCUCAAGACCACCCAAACCGACUGUAUCACCGGAAGAUUCGCCGGAAGAGUUAACUACAGGGAUUUCGUUUCAAGACCGGCAUCGGACGUUCCUACAGAAUUGCAAGACAGGUAAUGUUACCGCAGCAGAAGCAUUACAAUUCUUUGAUCUAAUGUUGCGUACAAAACCUACCCCUGCGAUGUCAUCAUUCAAUCUUUUACUUGGUGGGCUUGCUAAGAUUAAGCAUUAUUCUGAAGUUCUUUCGCUGUAUGAUAGAAUGAGCUUAGCCGGAAUUUUGCCUAAUUACAUCACGCUUAAUAUUUUGCUUAAUUGCCUUUGUAAUGUGAAUAGGGUGAGCGAAGGUCUUGCGGCCAUGGCAGGGAUUAUUAGGAGGGGUUAUAUUCCCAAUAUAGUGACAUAUACGUCAUUGAUUAAGGGGUUGUGUAUGGAGCAUAGGAUUAGUGAAGCGACGCGGUUGUUCAUGAGAAUGCAAAAGUUGGGUUGUACGCCAAAUGUGAUAACUUAUGGGACUUUGAUCAAGGGGCUCUGUCAAACUGGGAAUACUAACAUUGCACUUAAGUUGCAUGAAGAAAUGCUAAAUGGGACAGGUAGAUACGGUAUUACUUGCAAGCCUAAUGUUAUUUGUUAUAGUACCAUCAUAGAUGGGCUUUGUAAGGAUGGAUUGGAAGAUAAGGCAAGAGAACUUUUCGAGGAAAUGAAAGCUCAGGGAAUGCUUCCGGAUGUGAUUUCUUAUAGCUCCUUGAUUCAUGGAUUUUGUUAUGGUGGAAAGUGGGAGGAAGCUAAAAGUUUGUUUAACGAGAUGGUGGAUCAUGGUGUUCAGCCAAAUGUGGUAACAUUUAAUGUGUUAAUGGAUAUGCUUUGCAAGGCAGGAAAGGUUAUAGAGGCUAAGGAGUUGCUGGAGUUGAUGGUUCAAGGAGGUAAUAAUGCUCCUGAUUUGUUUACUUAUAAUACAUUGAUGGAUGGGUUCUGUUUGGUCGGUGACCUAAAUAGUGCGAGGGAACUGUUCAUUAAUAUGCCAAAUAAAGGUUGUGAACCUAAUGUGAUUAGCUACAAUGUGCUAAUCAAUGGGUAUUGCAAAAAUUGGAAGAUGGAAGAAGCAAUGAAGCUUUACAAUGAAAUGCUUCAAGUGGGAAUUAGACCAUCUGUGAUAACAUACAAUUCCUUGUUAACGGGUCUUUUCCAGGCAGGCAUGGUUGUUGAUGCAAAGAAGCUAUUUGGUGUCAUUCAAGCUAAUGGUCUGGCUCCGAGUUCAAGUACGUAUAGUACUUUUCUAGAUGGGCUUUGUAAGAAUGACUGUUUGUUAGAAGCAAUAGAACUUUUUAAUGGGCUAAAGCCGUACAACUUGAAAUUGAACAUCGAAAUCUUUAAUUGCCUUAUUGAUGGGCUAUGUAAAGCAGGGAAGCUUGAAACUGCGUGGGAGCUUUUUGACAAAUUUUCUCUUGAAGGGCUUCUACCAAAUGUUGUAACUUAUUCCAUCAUGAUCCAUGGGCUGUGUAAAGAUGGACAGCUAGAAAAGGCAAUUGAUUUGUUUCGAAAGAUGGAAGAAAAUGGUUGUACUCCUAACAUAAUUACUUAUAAUACACUUAUGCGUGGUUUCUACGAAAAUAAUAAACCAGAGGAAGUGGUUGAACUUCUUCAUAGGAUGGUUAAGAAAAAUGUGUUGCCAGAUGCUUCCACUUGUACCAUAGUCUUAGACAUGCUUUCCGAAGAUGAGAAGUAUCAGGAAUGUCUGAACUUGCUUCCAAGGUUUCCUGCCCAAGAGUGUCGAGGUUGAUGAGAAAACACAUAUUGCUAGUCAUAAGGGACUCUAGCUUGAAAAUUGCUGAUCAGUUCAAUCCUCAAAUUAUGAUGUUCGGAAAUUUGAAGCCCUGUUUCCCUGGUUGCUAAUAGUGUGGCUACCAAGUUUAAGUUGAGCAAUUUUCGUGUUCUCAUGAUGAACAUGCUUCGACUUCUGGCUAUCGCAUACAUGUCUACCAGCAAGGUUCAGUAUUCUUUUACUCUCAUUCAUGAGACAAUGGUCUAGAGCCAAAGCCUCCUGGAGGAUUUUGACUAUCACAAAUUUGAAGAGGCUGUUGUUUAUUUUCAAUUGUGUUAGAUCUUGUGAAGGCUUUUUAAUAGAGUCAACUUGUCGUUGGUUGAGACUUUGAGGCUACCAAAUUAAUGCGUCGAAUAUCUCAUAAGUUUGUUAGACUCCUAAAUUUACAAGGACAAGUGAUAGACUGGUAGUGUUGGUGUCAGGUCCAUUGUAUAUGGCAAGGGUGCAGGAGUUCUGGUAUUUCUUUUUCAAAUGAAUGUUUAUUUUUGGUUGAAGAAGGAGCCAGGUUAGUGAAAGCAAGACUAGCCACAAAUCUCAGUAUGGUGUACAUAUCAAGGUUCAAGUUAUUCUCAUCAAAUGGAAGCAACUAGUUUUGAGCUUAGGGGAAGAGCAGGCUAUGCUCUAAUUUUGGUUUCAAAGUCCUAAUAUCAAGUCAUGCUGACAGAAACUUGGACUUACGGGCACCCGGUUAAAGAAAAUGCUUCAAUCGGUCACUUGAAUAAGGAAGAUACACGGUAAAAGUGCAAAACACUCAGUUAAGGUCGCUUCUUCCCCUUCAAGCACUUGUGCUGCUUCACUUUUCUGAAUAACUGGGGUCGGAUGCUCCAUUAUACUCAGGGGCAUCCGCGUUCGCUGUAAGGCCCGCACCUGGGAGAUAUCAAGAUUUUUUGGUAUUAAGCUCAUCAGAAGGUUCGAAUUUUAGAUCUCUAAGCCAGUAUGAUCAAGAAAUCCCAAACUCUUGCCAAGCGAGAUGCCGCUUGAGGGCUAUUUGUACUGCUUCACUGGAACAUGGUUCUUUUGUUUUCUACUUUUACUUUGUUUCUGUUAGGGAAGAAGGGGAAGUUGACGUCUUUCAAUUAUGGUAUGGAUUUCCAACAGUGCAUUGGAGUAUAUUUUGUGUUUGUUAUUUUAGUCUCAAUUUUUUUAGAAAAUAACCAUUUUGAUUUUGAAGCUUGAUUCUGUCGUAAUUAUUUAACAGAUAGAUGACAUAGACGUCGAAUGUGUAUUUACGCGUUGAUGUGUGUAUAUUAAAGUGCUGAUUUGAGGCGGGUAGUA